CAACAACUGCAAGUAGACAGCUGCCAGCCCCAUCACCAGCUGUUUGUCUUUCAGAAUUCCUUUUUAAUGUGCUAAGCUCCUUGAAAACAUUCCAUACAAUCCUAAAUACUCACUCCACAAAUCCCUACUUCUCAAUUAUAUGCUCAUCUUCUUCCACUGCUUUUCUUGUCUUGCUCUUGUUGACCAGAUUUCUGGUUCCACAUUGCACUGUAAAAUUUUCUUGAGCUUCCCGGAGGCUAACAUUGCAUGAAAGAGGAUCUUCAUUUCUAGGGUCCCAUAUGUUGUCUUUCAACCGGAGCAGAACCCUAACUAGGGCCGGCAAAUCUUGGUCAUUUUCAGCUGAUCAUUCGCUUUCAUCAGAAAUGGAAUAUUCAGACCCCAAGCGCAAGACUCAUUUUCUUAGCAAAGUUCUUAUUGGCGCUACUCUCACAGUCAUGUGUAUAAUGAUGCUGAAUCACUGUCCUGUCGCAAGUGUCAAGAGCAAGUUUGCCAGCCAUGAACCCGGAGUUAAACACAUCUUAGUAACUGGAGGAGCUGGCUAUAUCGGCUCACAUGCUGCACUUCGGCUCUUGGAGGACUCAUAUAGAGUGACAAUAGUGGAUAAUUUAUCUCGAGGAAAUGUCGGAGCAAUAAAAGUUCUUCAAGGACUUUUUCCUGAACCUGGAAGGCUUCAAUUCAUUCUUGCCGAUCUUGGAGAUGCAAAAGUUGUCAAUCAAAUUUUUGCUGGAAAUGCUUUUGAUGCUGUUAUGCAUUUCGCUGCCGUUGCGUAUGUGGGAGAGAGUACGCUCGAACCUCUCAGGUACUAUCACAAUAUUACAUUAAAUACUUUGGUUAUUCUGGAAGCCAUGGCGGCGCAUGGUGUUAAAACUCUGAUUUAUUCGAGCACAUGUGCUACCUAUGGACAGCCGGAGAAGAUGCCCAUCACUGAAGAAACUCCUCAGGUUCCAAUAAACCCCUACGGGAAGGCGAAGAAAAUGGCAGAAGACAUGAUUCUUGAUUUCUCGAAGAGAUCUAACAUGGCUGUUAUGAUUUUAAGGUAUUUCAAUGUCAUUGGAUCGGAUCCGGAGGGAAGAUUAGGUGAAGCUCCAAAACCUGAACUGCGGGAACAUGGCCGUAUAUCUGGUGCAUGUUUCGAUGCAGCGUUAGGAAUAAUUACCGAGCUUAAGGUUAAAGGAUCAGACUAUGAAACAAUCGAUGGGACUUGUAUAAGAGACUAUAUCGAUGUUACCGAUCUUGUUGAUGCUCAUGUGAAAGCUCUUGAAAAGGCAGAAGUUAACAAAGUUGGUAUAUACAAUGUUGGUACUGGAAAAGGGAGAUCAGUGAAGGAGUUUGUGGAUGCUUGCAAGAAGGCAACCCAGGUUGACAUCAAAGUCGAAUACCUGAAUCGGCGACCGGGUGACUAUGCAGAAGUUUACAGUGACCCGUCUAAAAUUGUUCGUGAAUUGAACUGGACAGCGAAGCACACUGACCUUGAACAGAGCCUUCGGAUUGCAUGGAGAUGGCAGCAAUUGCACACAGAUGGCUAUGCGCCUCCAAUGGCUAUGGCUUUUUGAUAUGAAAGCGGGAACGAUGUCUUUUCCGAGCUUAUUACAGAUUAGAAGGGUUGUAUUUAUGUAGUUGGAUUUGACAGCAUGUCUCUUUCGAGGCACUAACUCUUUAUUUCUUUAUCCUUAUGUAGGUGAACCAUUUCGAUGUAUUCCCUCGUGGAUUUAUGAUUUAUAAAGCAACUUAUUUGACAA